AUGGAGACCCUCCGCCGCUGCGCCGGCGCCCUCGCCUGGCUGCUGGGCUGCGGGCCCACCCACUCCGAGGCGUACCUGGCGGCCGAGGCCUGCUUCCUGCCGGAUGAGCUGGCGGCGGUAAGGCAGCAGUACCACGCGCGCGUGCUGGACAACUACUCUCAUGGACUGGACCAGCAGCACUUUCUGGAGUGGUGCGGCCUGGCGGGCGCCCCGCCCGUGCUGGCCGACGGCCUCUUUGCAGCCGUGCAGCGCUGCAGCGACGACUGCCGCGAUGAUGCCGACGGCGGCGGCGAGGGCGGCGCGCAGGAGGAGGCCGCGGCACUGACCGGCGGCGGUGGCGGCGGAAGGUACAGCGGCGGCAGUCCCGACUUGGAGGGCCGCGGCGGGGGCAUCGGCAGCGGCGGGGGGAGCAGGGGCCGCGCGUCUGUUGUGUCUCUGGAGGACGUUGUGGUCGCCAAGGCGCAGUGCGAGAGGAUGGACGACGUGGCCGCUGCCGGGUUUGCGUUUGCGGUGCUGGACCCUGGCGGCAGCGGCUUCGUGGGCAGGGACCGCCUGGCUGCCGUGAUUGAGGCGCUGCUGGCGCUGUCCCUGCCGCCCAGCACACCGGCGGCUGCCCCGGCUGCCAGCGCACAGGCCAUCGCGGCCGGGGCGCUUGCGAUGGCGGCGUCCGCCUCGUCAGCGGCACCACCUGGGUGUCUCGACCUGGAGGGCUUCCAAAAGUGGUCGGCCAGGGUGCCCGCACCCAAGGCCCUGCUGACCGGCCUGCUGGCAAACAUUGGCGCCCCUGGCAGCGACCCCCACCAGCACACGGGGCCUGGCGAAGCUGCGACGGGCGCGGCUGCGGUGGUCGCGCCAGGACAUACACCCUCCUCGCCGCAUCCGUCCGCGGCCCAUGUUGCCGCUUCCGCGCCGCAGGGCGGGCCGCCCCUCAAGCUUGGCCUGCCUGCGCUGGUCACGGGCGCGCCGCAGCCCGCGCCGCCGCGCGACGGCCUGCUGCAGCCGGAGUGGGUGUGGCUGCUCGCGCCGGGCCUGGCGCCCGCGCUGCGGCAGGAGUGGCGGCUGCUGUUCUCCUCGGACCGCCACGGGGCGUCAUUCAACACCUUCCUGGCCAGGCUGGGGGAGGCGGCGCCGACGCUGGUGCUGGUCAGGGACCACGGGGGCGCGCUGUUUGGCGGGGUCGCGCAUGCGCCCUGGCGCAGGAGCGGUACAUUCUUUGGUGACUACGCCAACAAGCUGGUCAGCCUGCUGCCCGCUGCGUGCGUGUACCCCGCAUCCGGCAUCAACGCCAACCUGCAGUGGAGUGGAUCACACUUUGAGCAGCUGCCCAAUGGCAUCGGCUUUGGCGGGCAGCAGGGAAAUUUCGGGCUGUGGAUCGAUGCAUCGUUCGACACGGGCCACAGCCGACCAAACGCCACGUACGCCAGCCCCAGCUUGUCUGUGGAGCAGAAUUUCCACCUGGAUGCGGUGGAGGCCUGGCUGCUGCAGCCGCCAGAGGAGGACGAGGAGGAGGAGCGGCGGCGCAAGGCGGGCGCAAAGGGCCGCGGCGUGCUCAACCAGUCCCAGGAGGACCAGCGGCUGCUGGAGCUGGCGGGUGUCGCCAAGAACUACCGUGGCGCCAUCCCCGACGAGCCGCUGGAGGAGGGCUAG